AUGGAGGUCAGCAACAUCGAGGGUAGUUUCCAUAUUACCUGCGAGGUGGUUAUGCGUGUUAUUCGCGAAAACAAGGAGUCUCUAAUGGCCGUCCUUGAAGCCUUUGUCCAUGACCCAUUGAUCAAUUGGCGUCUGGGUGCCCGCGAAUCGCCAGCUCGACUUUCUAUCGCGGAUCGGCGUCCGCCUACGGAGGCUAAAUUGGAUAACCCCAUUCAACCGAGUGCCUUCUCCCGACGCCGCCCAUCAAUUUUCGAUGGUGGCAUCCUAGAUGCCCAACAAGGCAUUCACAACGAAGGACGUGAAGUGCAAAAUGCUCGAGCUCUUCAAGUGCUCGGAAGAGUUAAGGAAAAGUUGACCGGCCGCGACUUCAGAACACCCGAUGAACUCAAUGUUAGCGACCAGGUCGACAAGCUUCUGGUCCAAGCUACGAGUGUAGAAAACCUGUGCCAGCAUUAUAUUGGAUGGUGCAGCUUUUGGUAA